ACAACAACAAACAUGGCGGCGCCCUGUGCAUUAUUUGCUUCUUGUACUGGCGCCUUCGAUCCAGACGAGUUUAUAAAACUAAUAUUAGGAAAAGAGAAUCUCCCCACUGCUCAGCAUGUUACAGAGUCUAUAAAAGCCUAUGACUGGCACAUUGAUACCAAGUACUACACAGCUGAUGUGAGUCUGUGCACAUCACUAAGGAGAACUAUCGGCAACCAGGAGUUUGCUACAGCUGUGCAGGCCUUUAUUGUGUACUUUGACCCUAAACAGGAGUCAACAUUUGAGUUGGUGAAAGCAUGGAUGCCAUAUCUCGAACAGAUUGAACCAGAGAUUCUAAUCCUUGUGUGUAACAACAGCUCUCACACUGAUGCUGUGGGUAGAAUAUCAACACAACAGUGGUGUAUAGACAACAGCUUUGAGUUGGUGGAGCUGAACCCAGAGUUGGAUAACGAAGAUGAAGAUCUGGAAGAUGACUUUGUGGAGACAACUGGAAUUAAGAGGAUUAUUCAGGCUCUUCAUGCCCACACAUGGCCGAAUCUGAUAUUGAAACAAAACCCUGUGAUUGGUAGUCCUUACUAUCGUCAACUUUUGAAAGAAGAGUCUGAGCUGAAAGCAAAUGAAGUCAAAUCUAAUUCCAAGGAAUCCUGUGAUAAUGAAACAGUGUCAACUAAUGACAGUGAGAAAUCUGGGACUGGAUCUCAGUCAGAGGGAGAAUCUGGACACUCUGCCCUAGGGGCACCUGAACGGGGUGGGGACCCUGUUGUUGAUGGGGCAUCUGUAGGGGGUGGGGACCCUGUUGUGGAUGGGGCAUCUGUAGGGGGUGGGGACCCUGUCAGUAACGGAACAGAUGAAGCUUCUGCAGACAAAGCUGAGGGGGGAAAGGAGACCAAAAAGGAAAAGCCUUGUAAAGAUGAAAUAAUAGACAACCUCCUUCCUGAGGAUGACAUGGCGUUGUUGGCCUCCCUGGGGAAUGAGGAUGCAGGAGAGGAGUCCUUUGAGGAGAUGUUUGAAAAGCUGAGAAUAAUGAAAGAGAAAGCUGAAGUCAUGCCCAUGGACCAGAGAAAAGCAUAUGCUGAAAAAAUCGCAGUAUCAUUUUGGAAAGCUAUUGGUGGCGACGAUGAUGAAAUCCAGGGAUUGGAUGAUCUGGAGGAUGAGCUGAUGCCUUCUUGAAAGGAGCAUCACCUGAUGCAGAAGCUGGUCUUCUGUGGACAUUCCACCCAUGUAACCAUAGCAACCUGGGAAUGGCAUCAGAUUAAUGUUGUGCAUGUUGUGACAAAGCCAUGUGUAAACCUGUCGCAGAUGUGCUUCUUCAAAAAGAUGACUAAAUAAAGUUUGUCUCUUUGGCCAUUCAGUUGCUGUGGGUGUAAUAAAACUUUAAAUGAGUGGCAGUUCAUACUAAAGCGUACAUUUAGUUAAACGAUAAACAGAUUCAAGUCAGAAAACCAAUAGAUAUUUCCUGCUAUGGCUUGCAAACAAGUUGAAGCACGAUUUUGUGAAAUAAUAUGGCAUGAUGUAAUGAGAACAGUGGUAUUUAAGUGUAACCUUUGUUACUGUGUAAAGCAAAUUGUUAUAGAUUAAUUGAUCAUUGGUAACUUUGCAGUUGGCUUAUCUGGCAAAUACUAGUAUAUACCAGAGAGAAUCUGGCCACAAAGUGUUCGACGUGUUGCUGUUUAGAGGUCCAUUAGGUUGGAUUCAUUAUGUUCUUAAUUACCUGAGAAUAUAAUGCUUUCAAAACACAUGAUUUUGAGUCUUUAAAGCUGGGCUAGGUUACUAUAUUCGUAUUUGUUGUAAACUACCCAUUUACUUGUAAAUGUUGCAUUACAUUCAUAUAAUUUUUCACAAAAUGUUAGUUCAGUGAGCACACUGGGCACAAUGUGAAAAUGGGAGGUACAGGAUUUACAGCAUCAUCAUGAUUUCAGAUAGGAAGAUACACUGUAUAUCAGCUUGAACUUUGUCUCGUCACUACAGUAGGACUGAAACAUACUUGAAUACUUUGUGUAUUACAUUAUUAACAUAAAACAGCACCAGACUUGUCAAUGAACUUUGAUAUCAGGCUGAUACCUUCUCUAAAACAAACAAAACAUCGCCUUGUAAAUGGUUGUAUCAUCAAGCAUUGUGUCAUGACUGCAUCAGAUUUCCUAAUGAUUUCCAAGUUACCUUCACAAUCAGGACCAUAUUUUAUUAUUUGACUUUUGUAAAUGUGUCUAAAACUUGUGUAAAAAUACAUUGCUGAUUAAAAUUGAUUGCUAUUUUGAAGA